CUGGUGGAUCGCAACAGUGCGUCGCUGCAUGUGCAGCUGCUACAGCGACGCCGGUUUUAUUAGCAUCCGCUGCUGUUGUUGCAACAACUCCUGCGCGCUCUGGCGGGGACCCAUAUGUCGUUAUUGUUUGUGAGUGCGGAGGUAGAGGAGCUGCUGCUGCUGCUGCUGCCAGUGCUGUGGGAAAUCCCCCGGAGGAUUAUGGUGUGCGCCGCUAGUGCCGGUUUAAAUCUGGUUUAUGAGUUUCGGGAGUGUAAGCUCUCGCGCAAAUGCCCGUGGUAAGUCUAGAUGAGUAGCAUCGUCUCUGCUGUCGCUGGAGAUGCACACGCGCUCCGUGGCAACAAGGAGAGAAUCAAUGCUGUGCUGCAUUUGAUCCGGAAAGAUGGCCCGCUCACUAAGAAACAGCUCGAAUUCUGUGAUGAUGCAUGCGUCGAGCGUUACUUGAAAGCGCGUGGAUACAAUGUCCGUAGGGCUGCUAAGCUACUCAAGGCUACUCUUGCCUGGCGCGAGAACUUCGACGUCGAUUAUUUAAUAGCCGACGAGUUUACGGCGGAGCUUGCGUCGGGUGUUUCUUACGUCGCUGGCCACGAUAACGAAGGCCGUCCAGUUGUGAUUGUACGGAGGAAGAACUUCACAUAUGGCGCUUGGUCUCAGAAACAGUACUUGCGAUAUCUCAUAUUCACAAUGGAGGUUGCCGUGGCAUCCAUGGGACCAGGAGUAGAUCAGUGGGUUCUUGUCAUCGAUAUGGGCCACGCAAAGCUGACUUCUCCUUCAUCGAGUACGAUACUCGGAACGCUGAGGAUCCUCAAUGAACAUUAUCCGGAGAGGUUGGCUAAGGCCUACGUCGUAGAUUCUCCAUCUGUACUCUAUUUCCUGUGGAAGAGCAUUUGCCCUUUCGUUGAUUAUGGUACUAAAGGGAAGGUGACUUUUGCUUCCUCAAAGGACCAUGCGCUAAGUGAAGCUGUUGCUGCAACCUCCAAUCGCAACUCAACACAAGACAAGGACGGACGGUCGUCUCUCCGUCGAUUAUUGCAAGAGUCACCUUCAUUUAGAGCCCUAAGGCCUGAGCGGAAUACCAGCAAUGAAUCCGCAUUAGUUAAUAGUCCGCACUGCCGGUCUUUGUCCUUCUCGACCCCAGGCACAGCCUUCAACACUCCGGCCCUGCGAGGGAAGGAGUUUAGCAGUUUUAGGGCAGACAGAAAUUCAUGGAUUCCAGGCCUGCUUUCUGGCAAUCAUAGUAGGAAAUUGAAGGCCGGUGAAGGUCACUCUUUCAGAUUAGGAAGGAGACCAGAACUUCAACCUGGUGGUGCUGAGCAAAGAGAGAAAUCUCCAAAUUCGUUCAGACAAUAUUGGAAAUUUUUUAGAGCCGAAUACAAUGAGUCUGCUUACCGAGCGACGAUGAAGCCCCCCCACGGCGGGUUGAAAUCCAUUAUUGGUUUUUCCAUGAAGAACAACCUUACUUAGCUGUACAACCCUAUUUCUUAUAUUAGAUGUUUUCUAGCAAUUGUAACAUACCUGGGACCUCAAGCGAAAGCGGUCAGUCAGUUAGUCUCCGGGUCUUCAUAUGCGUGACUGGUUGUAACUCUUCAUACUCUGGUGGAAAAGUUAGAAUUGGUGAUUGUCUAGCAGUGCC